AUGGAGAACGUGAAGGAGAAAGACCAUCUUCCCAACCCUCCUGAAGGCAUCCUUCGCUUCCGCAAGAUCCCUCUUCGAAUUCGCAUUCUGCACCGAAUUGACGACUUCAUCGACGAUAUCAACUGGCUCCACGUCGCCUUCAAGAUCUGUGCCUUCAGCUACAUUGCCUUCCUAUCGUUCAUCGCUUGGCAGGUCCUCCCACUUCCAGGCCACUGGACUCGGCCAGGCCAAGCCGACAAGAUCCCCAUCACCUAUCAGGACUUCUCAACCUACUUCGCACCCUUCGAAGGCGACGCUCAAUGCAACAUCAAAGCCACCGACCUCUAUACUCCACCACCUCGAAAUGAGCUCGGUCAAUAUGACUACAACGCUUUCUGCUCUACCCGCAAGUCUCUUCUCUCAUCCAUGUCUAAUGGGGGACGAAUUGGCUUCGAUACUCCGUACACCCCAGCAGACUGCCACCAUCGCUGGUACACCACAACUGAGAUCUGCAUGAUCCUCGAACGUUUUGACGCUGUAGUCUUCGUUGGCGACGAGUCCCUCCGCACUAUCUACGACGGCUUGAACAUCCUCUUGCGCCAAGAUCUUGCUGCUGGAACCUUGAAGGCGUGGGAAAUGGAGAAAGACACCCUUGAUGCCUGUCGCUGCAAUGCCCAGUUCACCACUCCUGCCUGUGCCAGCCACAAAGUCACAUCGAGCCACGAAGUCACGUUCAACACCCCCUCGAUCGCAACUUCGUACGUCUGCUCGCGCUUUCCGCAUGCUCUUCUCCGCAUCGACGGGUUCCCAGCUUCUAGUGACGUUGUCAAACGCUUCACUAAGCUGGUUCCCAGAGUUCCCCGAUCAAACUACCGCCCUGUUCCCAUAAUCCACUCUCUCUCGCCCAGCACAGCUUCCACGCCAGCUGCGAGUGAUUCGCUUCUUCAAUUCCUAACAUUGGCGGACUCGUCCAAGCGCAAGACCCCGAUGCUCUGGAUCGGCCCAACCGCGGCUGGGCAUAUCGAUAUCAAGGGCCGCAAAGGCAACCAGGAGAUCUGGGAUUUCGAUUCCGAGAUGGCUCACGCGGCCGCGAAGAACGACGUCGAGGUGCUGAAGAUGUGGAACAUGACCGUGCAAGCUAGUAGCUUCGACGGUUUGCACUUUGGCGAGAAAGUUGCCAUUACGCAGGCUAUGAUGGUCGUCAAUUGGUUGAGUCGACUGGAGAGUAGUUGA